GUUUGUUAGCUUUCUUAUAAAGCAGAUGUAUUGUAAAUUUUACCAAUAAUAAUUUCAUCAAAAAAGGACAUUUAAUUAAAUCUAUUUGAAUAUCAUAUUCUCAAAAUAAAGAAUCGAUUCAAACGUUUUAUAUGAAAAAGAAUCAUCAAAAAGCAAAGGAAAUGCUUUAAAAUCGCCUUUAAAAUUUUCUUCUUUAUAAAGGCAGUAAUUUUUUUCUCAAUUUGUUGGCUGAACAUAUUCUCAAACAGAAAAGAUGCCUCGAAUUGAUCCCCAACAAUUGUUAGCAUGUUUAACUCCAUUGUUAGCUGUAAAUGGAGGAAUUAAAAGUUCCGGAGAAGUCAUUCGACUUGCAAACCUUAUGGAAAAAUAUUCCAAAAAAUUAGUAUCAAAAUGUAUUUACAUACAAAUCCUAAAAUGUACAGAAACAGAUUUAUUGGGACAGUUUAUGGCAGCUGGUGGAUGGAAUUUAGUUCACACAUGGUUAAAUGAUGGAGUAAACUCAUCCAAUUGGGCAUUUGUACAGGAGAUCCUUGAAAUGCUGUUGCUUUGCCCUGUCGAUGGAAAUCGUUUGAAAUCUAAUCAUACACCAAAAAUUGUUAAAAAUCUUUCAUUAAACUUAUCGCAAAAUGCCAUGAUUACAGCACUGUCUAAAAAAUUAGUAGAGCAGUGGUUAAAAAUAGCUCAUCAAGAGAAACAAAUUUUACAACAGCAAAACGGUUCAAAUGGCACUGUUGUAUUUAAUAAUAUAAAUUCCGAUGACAAAAGUUUAUUAGAUAAUGACUCAGCAAUGAUUAAAUCUGAAUCAGAUAUUAAAAUAUCGCCAUCUACUGAAAAUAAUAUAAAUAAUAAUAAUACUAGUAAUAAUAAUCAUAACAAUUCAAUUAGUAAUGGAACUGUAGAUGAAGAUUCUCCCAAGAAAUCAAGUGAGAAUGUCAAGUACAAAAUUAGCAAUAAGGAAAGUGGCUUGAUACUUUCAAUUAAACGUAGUACAAGUCCAAUUAAUGAACAAGAUACAAAAAUUUUAAAAUCUCCUGAUUCCAAGCCUAAAUCUGAGCAUAAAUCUAAAUCAUCCUCAUCAUCAUCUUCAUCUGAUAAGGAUAAAACUAAAAAAUCAAGUAGUUCUAGUUCAUCACACAAAUCUAGUUCAUCUUCAAAGACAUCACAUAGAGAUAAGGAUCGUUCAUCCUCAUCACAUAGAAGUAGUAGUAGUUCAUCAAGUAAGGAUAGACACAAGGAUUCUAGUAAAUCGAGCAGUUCAAGCAAACAUUCAUCGUCGUCGUCAUCAAGCAGUCGCGACAAGGAUAAAGAUCGUGAAAAGCGAAAGAAGGAACAAGCAGAAAAAGAACAGGCAGAAAAGGAUAAAGAAACUCUCAGCUUUCUAGCUCCACUACCAUCGAGUAAACUUCAACGCAUUCCAAAACGUCCACAUAGUGAAAGUGAGAAAUCAGAUUCAGAUCCAUCAUCUAAAAGUGCUAAAUCCAAUGAAGUGAUCGAAAAGAAAAAGCCAUCAAUUUCAAUAGAAGUGCGAAAGGGUGAUAAGCCUAAGACUGUUAAAACUCAUAAUUCUACAUUUAGGGAUCAUGGAUUGGCUGAACAACCUCCACCGCCUCCUUCCCGUAAGGGUCUUAAAAAGCCUGCUCCAGUUGCACCUGUUAUUUUACCCGUUACAACCCCCUCUAUGCAAUCCCCUAAACCUAUUUCUCCCCCACCCGCAAAAAGAAUACACCUUGAAAAAGCUUUAGAUUUCGAAGUUCCUGAACGAGUUGGAGGCGUCAAACUGAUAAAACCAAAACCCAUGUUAAUGGAAUCGACUGGUUUUUUGGAUGCACUUGAAACAUCAGCUAUGCUUCAUAAAAAAGAUUCGAAGAAGAGAAAACGUUUGUCAUCGGGAAGUAAAAAGGAAGAACCUGAGUCACCUAAAAUUGAAACAAAGCCACUCAAAUUCUAUAAAGACACUUUGGAAGAUGAGGAGAAGGAUGAAAAGAUAACAAAUGGAACAAGCUCGUCAUCACCAACAAAAGAUAUUGAAAAUACUACUAAUGGUGAUGCAAGCACAGAUGAAAAGUCUACAAAAGGAGACGAGUCAAAGUCUGAUGAAAAUUCUGAGAAAGAAAAGUCUGAUGAAGUUGUAGAAGAGAAUGAAGAUGAACCUGAGCAAAAAAGACCGCCAGGUAUUGGAUGUGGACCUGAUGGACCUCCUGGAAUUAUUUCAAUUCCAAAACGAAAGCGACCAAAACGUUCUCUUCGUUGGCGUACUGACAAUGAUCUGACUGAGGUUCGAUACUUUGAACUUGAUGAAAAUGAGCGUGUUAAUGUGACAAAGACAUUUAGUGAACAAAAGCAAGAUGAACAUACUCGUGAGCGAAUGAUGAUGCGGUCUAAAGUUGUUGAAUAUAGUGAGUGGCAUGCUUUAAAGCUGAUUGAUAAUGUGCCUGAAAUCCCCUAUGGCUCUAAGAGUCUUGAAGCAGCUGUUCAAGCUGAGCGCGAGAGAAAUACACUCCAAGAAAUGUUCUUUAAUAAUCGAUCAAUGUACGAUUCACCUCAUGAACCCGAUCCAGAAGAAUAUGAAACAUUAGAACCACAAAUAAUUCCACUUGAAGACGUCACUGGCAAUCCUGAUUCUGUAAAUAAUUUUAAAGAUGUACAAUGGCCAGCACCUAAAGGUGAUCAACCGCAAUAUAUAUCACAAGGUGGCUUUGGUGGUUUAUUCAACAACAUUAAUCUUGCAUCGAGUAUUAAUAUUCCGCCAGCUGCAACAAAUGCAACUACUAAUCCACUUGCUGGCCUUAAUUUUACUGGAUUACUGCCAGCAAUUCCACAAGAUACUGCUGCAAUCAAUUUAAUGGGUAUUGGUAUAGUUCAACCUACACUUCCACCUCCGUUCAUGCAACCACCACCCAUGAUUCAAAAUAAUUAUCAAAGCAAUAUCCCUUAUCAGAAUCGUGGAUCAAGCAGCGGCAAUAGUAGUAAUUUUAAUAAUAGAGAAAACUUCAACAAUAAUAGUAAUAACAAUAGAAAUCGAAUGGGUAGCAAUAGUAAUAGUGGUGGCGGAUCUAAUUGGGUAAGAGGAAAUGCAACAUUACGUCGUGGCAUGUGUCAUCAAUACCAACGAACAGGAUUUUGUCGAAAUCAAAAAACGGGAUGCCCUUAUGUUCACGAAAGAUAAGAUUAGGUAUCUGAUUAAAAAAUCAAAAAUAAAACAGUUGAAAAAAACCUGAAUCAUUUUUUAUAUAGAAAAAGAAAUUUUAUUUCUAUUGUACUCUGAGUUGUUACUAGGGAAUCUGAGAGAAGAUUUUUGUGGACGAGAAACAAAAUGUGUGGGUUGAUGAAAAUUUUUAUGCAUCAAUCACUUUGAAUUGCGAAUUUAUAUAAGUUUGAGAACUGUUUUGAUAAAAUAGAUUUGAAUACUAAGCUUAGAUCAUUAUAAAUACUAAAAAUGGCCAUUAAUCAGAAUGAAUAACUAAGUUAUACACAAUGCUACUUUUAUAGCUUCUCACAAUCUAGUUAACAACUCUGAAUGCACUUUUCCCUUCGUUAAUUUAAGUAGAGCAA